AUGGAUUCUUACCGCACCUACUGGGCUUCUCAUCUCUUCAGUGGUUUGUGGGCUGAAGGGCAAGAAGAAGACACAUACGAGGUUGAAUCUCGGGUGCCUUUGCCACAUCCUUUUCCUUUCCCUGAGCACUUGGAUGACAACAAUUCUGUAGUUGUAAACACUUCCAUUUUUCACCUCAGCCACAAAAAAAACGGGCACGUUUUGAAAGUGGUGUCUAAAAUCUCCUUGCCUACACCUCCUUAUUCACUUGAACAUGCUAAAAUUGCUCAGACAGAACUCAUGCGAGAGUCCUUCAAAAAGCAACAAGAGGCCACAGAAUUUCUCAAGUAUCAGGAAGAACUACAAGAACGCCUGAAUGAAGAAACCAGAGCCAGAGAGCAGUUGGCUUUGGAGCUUAGUAAAGCUGAAGGCCUCAUUGAUGGUUAUGCAGACGAAAAAACAUUUCUGGAAAAACAACUCCAGGAAAAAAUGGAUGUAAUUGACCAUCUUGAGCAAGAGCUGCUGUGUACAGGUAACAAAUUGCAGGAGUUAGAGGCUGAACAGCAGUUGGUCCAGGAGGAAAAGGAGUUACUCUCCAGACAGAAGGAUGCCAUGAGAGCAGGCGUGGGGCCAGUAGAGCAGCAAUUGCUGGAGGAAACAGAAAAGCUCAUGAAAGAAAAAAUUGAAGUCCAGCGUCAAGCUGAGAAGGAGAACGAUGACCUCCGGCAGCAGGUCAGAGUCUUGGAGGUAGACUUGGAAGAGCAAGUCAGUCGGUUCACAGAGAUGGAGCAAGAAAAAUAUGCUGAGCUAAUGGACUUGAGGCAGCAAAACCAGGCUCUGGAGAAGCAACUUGAGAAAACAAGAAAAUUUCUGGAUGAGCAAGCCAUUGACCGAGAGCACGAAAGAGACGUAUUCCAGCAGGAGAUCCAGAAGCUGGAACAGCAGCUAAGAGUUCCCCAGAGGAGUCAGCCUGUCAGCGAGCAUCAGAACAGAGAGGUUGAACAGUUAACAAAUCACCUAAAAGAAAAAACAGACAAAUGCAGUGAGCUUUUGCUCUCCAAGGAGCAACUUCAGAGAGACAUACAAGAGCGAAAUGAAGAAAUUGAGAAACUAGAGUGCAGGGUAAGAGAGCUGGAACAAGCCUUAAUCAUCAGUGCAGACAACUUGCAGAAGGUGGAGGAAAGGAAACAGUUUGGCACCAUCAUAGUAAAGGGAGAAUUACCUCUUGAAGCACAACUGCAAGCUGAACGAGAAGCUGUGGACAGAAAGGAGAAGGAGGUCACAAACCUUGAGGAGCAACUGGAGCAGUUCCGAGAGGAGCUGGAAAAUAAAAAUGAGGAAGUUCAGCAGCUGCACAUGCAACUAGAAAUUCAGAGGAAGGAGUCCACUACACACUUGCAAGAACUGGAACAAGAGAACAAAUUAUUUAAGGAUGAAAUGGAAAUACUGGGACUAGCAAUCCGGAAAUCUGAAGAUGCCACCAUACCAGACCAUCGUUUAGUAGCUGGGAGACUGGCUCGCAUCAUGCAAGAAAAGGAGCAGGAAAUAGAACAUCUUCAUGAGCAAAUUGCAAGCCUGCAACAGCAGCUUGAAGGCACAACUGAUAACAAAGUUAUUGAAGAGCAAAAUGAGCAUAUAAGGGAGCUUGAAGCCCGGGUAGAAUGUCUGAAGAGUGAUCAAGAACGGGUGAAGAGAAAAAAUGAUGAGGAAAUAGAGCAGUUGAAUGAUGUCAUUGAUAAGCUUCAGCAGGAGCUGGCAAAUAUUGAACAAAAAGUGCCUGCAGACAUUGCUGCUCUUCAAGAAGAUGCUGACAGUCUGAAACAUACUCUUGAAACAGUUAUGGCAGAAAAGGAGGCUUUGGAGAAGCAAGUAGAAAUUGUAAAUGUGGAAGCAUCUCAGACAAAGAGUGAGCUUGAGGAAGCUAAGUUAAAAAUGACCCAGCUAGAGCAAGAAAUAAGUGUGUUAAAAAAAGAGAAAUGCAAGUGUGAGCUGAGGAGAAGUGAUAGGGAAGAACCAGAAGACAGAAGCAAGGGGAGAACUGGAAUACUGGAAGAAGGAUUAUGUGAGAAAUCAGAGUUGCUAGAUCAAUCCCAGCUUCAGCCUUCAGAUGAGAAUACAAGAGUCAGCAUCAGCAAGAUGGAGCUGCAACUGGAGCAACUUCAGGGAUGUGUUAAGGAAAGAGAUUCAGAACUGGUCCAGUCCUACAAUAAAAUAAAAGACUUGGAGGAGGAAAGGAAAGCAGAAAGAGAAACACUUGAAAAGAGGAUAUUAGAACUGGAAAAGACUCUGCUGGAAAAAGUUGCUGCUGCUCUUGUGAGUCAGGUUCAGCUAAAUGCAGUUCAAGAGCAGAGGAAAUUCAUGCAGGAAACUCAGGAAGCUUCAAGCUGUGUGGAGCAGAACAAUGAGGAUGCCCAAAAAGACAGUUUGAGUGAUGGAGCCCAAAGUGAAACUGAAUCAAAAUUAUUACUCUUAACCCAGAGGCUUGGUGAGAUGGAGGACCAGCUGGCACUGGUGAACCAUCGCUUGGAGUUAGAAAGAGAAAAUGCCAAAGGUGCAGAGAAGGAAGCUAAAGCAAAGGAAGAGAGACUCUUUGAACUUCAGCAGCUACUGCAGGGGCUUCAAGAAAAGCACAGUGGAGAGGCUCAGAAACACAUGGAGCAAGAAGAAAUGCAGCCACACCAGGUAGAAGCACAACUUGUGGAAAAUCAGAAAGAAAAUGAACUACAGCAAGUGAAAGAAGAGGCAGCUGCUGCUAAGGAAGAGCUGAGCAGUUACAGAGAAAAGGCAGAAAAACUUCAGCAAGAACUAGCAGUAAAAGAAGCAAGUCUGAUACAUCUUCAGGAAGACCUAUGCAAAGUCAAAGAGAACUUAGUUGAAGCAGAAGAGAAGUUUGCAAGUUAUAUGAGAAAGGACAAAGAACUGGCAAAAACUGAAAGCAAAAAGGAUGCAGAAAUAAUGUGUGAUUUGUCAAGCAGUGAAUCUGCUCUAAGUAGGAAAAACUCAUCAUCACAAACAGACCAGACUGUGGAAACCAACAGCUGUAUCCAGACUUCACCAGUCCUUGUGAGAAAUGCAGAGAUGCAGAUUGAUUUGCCAAAUGGGUGCUCUUCAGAGGAGAUGGCAGAGAUUGUGAGAGAAUUUACUGACAAAAUUGACCAAAUGCAGGAACUCCAUGCUGCUGAAAUCAUGGACAUGGAGACAAGGCACAUCUCUGAGGCUGAAGCAUUAAAGAGAGAGAAGUUUGUUGCAGUACAAGUGUUGACUGAGGAGUGUAAAACUUUAAAGGAAGUCAUAGAAACUCUACAAGCUAAAGAGGGCAUCCCAGUGUCUGGGUCGGCACAUUCUCCACCAGAUCAAGCUAGAGAUGGAGGUUCUAGUGACUCCAGUUCAGACUGGAGUCAAGGAAUGUAUCUUGCUCAGACCCAUGGAUCUGACACCGUAUCUGAAGGAAUAGAUGAAGGUGAAGCUUCAACAGAUUUACUUCCCAAAAAAAUCAAGGGCCUGCUGAAAGCAGUCCAUCAUGAAGGCAUACAGGUUCUGUCUCUCACUGAAUUUCCAUAUAGUGACAGGGAGGUGCCACCUGUUAAGCAAGAACCAGCAUCUUGGCUUGAGGAGAGAAAAGCUUUUCUAAGCACCAUUUCAUCCCUGAAAGACCUCAUUGCAAGAAUGCAACUUUCUAGAGAAGCUGAGGUUUAUGCCAGUGCAGAACCUCCUGAAGGUGGCUCAGACUGGCGAGGAGAACUUCUGUGUGCUGUUCAGCAGCUCUUUGUGAGAGAACAGAAUGUGCUUCUGGCUGCCUUUCAGACUGAACUUGCAGGGCUGGGCACAAGAGAUGCAGGGAUGUUGAUGAAUCAGUUGGAGCACAGACUGCAUGAUCAGGCUAGUGAGCAGAGAGCAGCAAUGGACUGUCUUCAGAAUGCAGACAGAAGAAGUUUGCUGAUGGAGAUUCAAGUGUUACAUGCUCAGAUGAACAGUAAGAAGAACAAUCCAAAGAGAGAACAAGAGGUGGAUUCAAAAACCCAAGAAAUGCUGGAGUACAACAUGCAGCAGAAACAGUCACAGAUACUGGAGAUGCAAGUGGAGCUCCGCAGUAUGAAGGACAGAGCAGCUGAGCUUCAGGAACAGCUGAAUUCAGAGAGAAUGAUGGGUGCUGAGCUGAAGAAUGAACUUGCACAAGCCAAGCUAGAGCUUGAGGCAACCCUUAAAGCGCAGCACAAGCACUUCAAGGACCUGGAAACCAUCAGGACUGAAGUUAAAGAAAAAGCAGCUGAGCUAGAUGUUCUCAAGGACACCAUGGCCAGUGAACAGAAAAAAUCAAGAGAGCUACAGUGGGCUUUGGAAAAGGAAAAAGCUAAAAUGGAACGCAGUGAGGAAAGAGGAAGAGAAGAGCUUGAGGAUUUAAAAUUUUCCCUGGAAGAUCAAAAGCAAAAGAACCUUGAGCUAACUCAACUUUUGGAGCAGGAGAGGCAGCUGUCAGCUGAUCUGCAGCAGAAGCUUGACUCCCAAGAAGCAGUGAGUGCUGCCCAGCUGUCACGUGAGCGAGGCCGCAGUUCCCAGCUGCAGGUGCUCCUGGAGUCGGAGAGGGUUCGAGCUCUGGAAAUCAGCAGUGCCCUGGAGAGGGAGAAAGAGCUCUGUGCUCAGCUUCAAAGUGCUGAGGAGAAAGGGCAAGCUGGAACACCUAACCCAUCUGAGGAGUUGCUGAAAGAGCUGCAGAAACAAAUGGAUGAAAAGCAUGACCGUGUAGUGGAGUUAGUGAGUGAGAUGGAGAAGUAUAAACUGGAAUCUGUGCAAGUGAGACAGCAAAUGGAGAAAGAAAGGCAGCUCCAGAGGAAAGCACUACAAGCAGAACAAGAUGCUAACAUAAUAGCACAGAAGAAACUCCAUGAACUGGAGUCCAAAGUAGAAGACCUUCAGUGGCAACUUGGGGAAAAGAAGCAAGAAGUCCAUAAAUUAGGGAACGAAACCAAGAAGUUGCAGGAAAUAAUCCAAGAGCUGCAGAAAAAAGAGGAGGAGAGUGAAGGAAGAAGAAAGGAAGCAGAAAGGACAGCAAAUGAGCCUACUGCCUGGGAUACACCCAAUGACAGAACAAGAAAUUGGGUUCUCCAGCAAAAAACAGAAGGAGGUGAGGUGAAAGAAUCCACCUACCCUAUGCUGACAGGAAGAGGAGAUCUCUCUGCUGCUACUGAGAUUUUGGAAAACAUCAGACAAAAGCUGCAAACCACAGCUCCAAAGCUGAAGCAGUUGGCUCGGAAAGCUGCUAGCAGGUUCCAGUUUGAAAUAGCAGAUGACCAGGACUUCACUGCAGUACAAAACACUAUUGAAGAGGCUGUUUCAGAGCUGCAGAAACUGCCUGGAUUGUCCUGCCUGGAAGAGCACGUGCUACCACCAGGGACUCCAUCCAGCUCACUGACUGAGAGGCUGCUGAGGCAGAAUGCCGAGCUGACAGGCUUUGUCAGCAGGCUGAGUGAGGAGAAGAACAAUUUGAGGAAUGCUGUCAUGAAACUGGAGGAAGAACUGAGAAGGCACCAGAAGAGACAAGCUUCUGGAGACUAUUCUUCUAGACACUCCUCAGAUGUUGGCGUUAAUAUUGACACUCUUGUGGCCUCUGAGAAGGAAAUGUGGAACAGAGAAAAGCUGUCCCUGCAGAAGUCUUUGAAACAAGCUGAUGCAGAGAUCUCCAAGCUGAGAGCAGAGCUCAGGAACGAAGCCUUCCUCAGAGAGCUGGGCUCAGAUUCUGACAAUGCUGUUUUAAGGAGAAUUUAUGGCAAGUACCUUCGAGCGGAGAGCUUUCGGAAGGCUCUCAUCUACCAGAAGAAAUAUUUGCUGCUGCUGCUUGGUGGGUUCCAGGAGUGUGAAGAGGCUACACUGGCCCUCAUUGCACGAAUGGGUGGACAGCCUUCCUACACAGACCUCCAGAUCCUCACCCAGCACUCAAAGGGGUUUACAAGAUUCCGCUCUGCAGUCAGAGUGUCCAUUGCAAUUUCGAGAAUGAAGUUCCUGGUUCGUCGAUGGCACAGGGUUACAGGUUCUGGUGUGCUGAGUAUCAACAGGGAUGCCUUCAGCCACAGCACAGGUCCUGAGUUACGGCCGGAGUCCUUCUCUGGGGGCAUGGAUCUUUACGGAGAGCAGCGGCAGUCCUACAGACCCAGGUCAGACACCUGCACGCUUCCGACCGGAGCAGAGUCAUGGAAUCAGUUCCACAGUAUGCAGAGUGAUUUGACCCCAGUCUCCUUCGCCUGCUCUCAGCUGCAGAACUACGACCCUGAGCGAGCUCUGAGUGACUACAUCCACCGGCUGGAGGCGCUGCAGCGGCGGCUGGGCAGCGUGCAGUCAGGUUCAACUUCAUACACUCAGCUGCACGUGGGUAUCAGAAGAUAACUGCCUCCCACCACCCCCAGCACUGGCAGUGAUGUUCACAGAUUUGCCUUCAGCCUCUGCUCUUUCUGUGCUUUUGUACGACCCGGACAGCGUGGGACCAAGAUGAACGCAGCCAGAGGAUUGUGCCCAGGCAGACUGGGACUUG